AUGUCAUCUUCUUGGACACCAAUUGAUGAAAAAUCUUUGUCGACAAGGAUUAUUAAAAAUGAAAAUGUUGAAGAUGAAGAUAAUAGUAGUCUUUCAAAUGCAAGUGGUUCAACGUCAUCUUCAACAAAUAGUCAAAUAUCAUUGAGAAAUUCUACUCAACAUAACGAACAACAACAACAACAGCAACAGCAGCAGCAGCAGCAGCAACAAGUCACUAUUUAUUCCGAACAACCAUCAUCAUCAACAACAACAACAGUAACAAAUAUAAAUACUGUUUCUUCAAAUGAUUUACAACAAGAACAGUAUCCAUCGGCGAAUGAAUCACCUUCAUUUUCAAAUCAAUUUCAACAGCCAGGUCAAUUGUCGUAUGCUGAAACAGUAGCAUAUUAUGGAGACGAAUUAGUCAAUGGGGUUGAUCAUCUUCAAGCACAUCAUCAUUCACAAAACUAUCCACAUCUACAACAACCACUUUAUUCGCCUCCAACACCCAAUAAUCAUCAUCAACAAUCGCUUUCCUCACCUCGUUUUACUUUACAUCAUACUUCACAAUCGGACUAUCGUCAUUCACCGUAUGAUGAAGGAAAUCGAUAUGUAGCAGGUACCAGUACAACACGUCGUUCAUCGACCUCGCCAAAUAAUCCUGUGUAUGAAAAUGGUGUUAAUCAAGGAUGGACAUCCAAUGAACCUCAACCAUAUUAUGGAUUACCAAAUGGUUAUGUUCCAACAUCAGCAUCGAAUUUAAAUGAUUUAACAUUUCUUCAGCCAACACAAUUGUCUAAUAAUACUGAUCAAAUACCAUUUUGGAAUGACAAUACUGGUGUUAAUUCAUAUAUUCAAUGUAUAGAUGGCUAUUACGAUACAACUGACGGUCGCGAAUGUGUAAAUUGUGGAGCUAUAUCAACACCAUUAUGGCGCCGUGAUGGUACAGGUCAUUAUUUGUGCAAUGCUUGCGGUUUAUUUCAUAAAAUUAAUGGUUCCAAUCGACCACUAACGCGAUUAAUACGACGUUCGGAAGAUGACGAUCAUCCUCGAGCUUCAACUAUGGAAACUGGCCUUCCAAUAGCUGAUCCCGUUUGUUUACCAAAUGUAGCAUCGUUAACGAAUCAUUAUCCUCAUCAUCAUUCUAUUCAUCCAAAUCAACUAUAUCAUCCAUCAACAACAACAUCAUCAUCAUCAUCAACAACAACAGCACCUUUGUCACGUCGAAAUAAUCCAUCGAAAGCAUUAUCUUCACUUGCACUGGGCACUUCUGAUUCACAUUAUUCACCUUAUCCGACUAUGAAAAUAAAUUCAAAUAAUGGUAAUGAUACAAAUAUUUCUCAAAAUCAACUACCACCAUUUCAUCGAACACAAUCAGAUGAUAUUGUUUCGUCAGUUAAUAAUGCAUCGACUAAUUCAGCUCAUAAACAAGCUCUAUCAGGUGCGCGUCGUUCCGGUUUACAAUGUGCGAAUUGUCAAACACAAAAUACAACAUUAUGGCGACGAAAUAGUGAUGGUGAACCCGUUUGUAAUGCAUGUGGAUUAUACUAUAAACUUCAUCAGAUUGCACGUCCAUUGAAUAUGGUUAAGCCUGGUAUUCAAACUCGUCGUCGAAAACCGAAAAGUACUAAUGGAAGUAGUUCCGGUGCUAAUCCAAAUUCGAAAUCUAAACAUAAUAAUAAUAAUAAUAAACAUAUUAAUACAACAUCGUCAAUGAAAGAUCCAGCACCUUGUGCAUCGGAGGCCACUCUUGAUUAUGGUUUAGCAACAACACAUCUCGGACGACCAGGAACAUAUCAUCAUGAUUACAAUUCAGUACGAAAUGAUUUAUUUUCACAACAUCCUCAUUCUCAUCUUGGUCAUCAUCGACAUAAUCCAUAUGCUACAGCACUUGAACAGCAACAUCAUCGUUUUUCAUCUCAACAAUCGAAUGUUGUUCAAUAUCAACAGCAGCAGCAACAAUCCGAUAUGUCGUCUGUUGUUUUUGAUGCUGAACUUUGUGCGAGAGAAAUUGUAUCAUCCCCUCUUUCGUCUACAGGUUCAUCGAUAACAAAUAAUGUAGCUAAUGGUGAAGAACAUCAUUCCACUGUACUGCCAACAAUUGCAACUACGGCUGCUACUACUGACUCCCAACCGUGA